UUUAAGUUUUGUUUCUACUUCCUUCGGAGAUAAGAAAUAUGUAUUUUCUAUAUACAUUUAAUUUUCCAUAUACAUUUGAUAUUUGUAAUUCGCUUUCAUGUAUUUAGAUAUUCAUACAUUCGUUUAAUUUACUAGCAUCAGUGGUUAUCUUUUAAUGAUAAUGCUAUGUUUUUAUGAUACGCUAUACGAAACUUGCGUAAUAAAUGAUAUUAAAAGGCAUUCGAUAGAAAACAUCGAGUCGUAUGUUUGCGUAUCAGUCAGAAUUUACAAUUUUACCAUGUCGGCACGGGAUUGUCAAAAAUUAUGGGGUGGUCGUUUUACAAAGGAAAUCGAUCCUGAUUUUCAUGAUCUAAACGCAUCCAUUAAAAUCGAUAAACGGUUAUAUGCAGAAGAUAUAGAGGGAAGUAUCGCUUAUGCAACUACACUAUGUAGAGCUGGAUUUUUAACGGAAGAAGAAGUACAACUUAUUGAGAAUGGUUUUAAAAAGAUCUUGGCCGAAUGGAGGGAUAAUCUUUUUGUUAUCAUUCAUCAAGACGAGGACAUUCAUAGUGCAAAUGAGCGUAGAUUAUCGGAAUUAAUCGGUGACGUAGCAAAGAAAUUGCAUACUGGUAGAAGUCGUAACGAUCAAACAAUAACGGAUACUCGACUUUAUCUUCGAAAGUCGAUAGAUAAACUUCAUUUAAGAAUUAAUAAUUUUAUCGAGACACUUAUAAAUCGUGCUGAGAAAGAUAACGAUGUGAUUAUGCCUGGCUAUACUCAUAUGCAACGUGCACAACCGAUUAGAUGGUCACAUUGGCUUCUUAGUUAUGCUUGGUACGCAAAAGCUGAUGUUGAAAGAUUACAAGAAAUUCGUAAACGUGUGAACGUAUUGCCAUUAGGAAGUGGUGCCAUUGCUGGAAAUCCAUUUGAGAUAGAUCGACGAUUUUUAGCAACUAAUCUUGGCUUUGAAGACAUUAGUUGUAAUAGUAUGUACGCGGUUUCCGAUAGAGAUUUCGUUGCUGAAUUUCUUUUCUGGUCAUCUUUAACUACGAUCCACUUGAGUCGAUUGGCCGAAGAUUUGAUCAUUUAUAAUACCAGUGAAUUCGGUUUCGUAGAAUUUUCCGACGACUUUUCAACCGGCAGUAGUUUAAUGCCACAAAAACGUAAUCCUGAUUUAAUGGAAAUAAUCCGUGGAAAAAGUGGCACUUUACUUGGAAAGUGUAUGGGCUUCAUGACAACUCUUAAAGGUAUUCCAUCAACUUAUAAUAAAGAUCUUCAAGAAGACAAAGAAGCAUUAUUUUCUGCGUUCGAUACAUUAGAUAAUAUAUUUUUUAUUAUGGAAAAAGCAUUAGGAUCUUUAACAAUAAACAAAAAAAAAUGCAGCGAUGCUUUAACAACCGAUAUGCUUGCCACCGACUUGGCAUAUUAUCUUGUGAGGAAAGGGUUACCGUUUAGAGAAGCACAUCAUUUGGCUGGCAAAGUUGUAACUUUUGCCGAAUCUGAAGGUUUAUCAUUGUGCGACGUACCAUUAGAAAAAUUACAGGAAAUAAGUCAAAUUUUUAAGAAGGACGUGGAAUAUAUUUGGGAUUUUAAAAGAAGCGUUGAACAGUACAAGGUUAUAGGUGGUACCAGUACGUUUGCAUUAUGCCAUCAAAUAAAUUCUCUUCGACAUUGGUUACGAGAAUCGAAUAUACAGUCUCUUGUUGUGGAAGAGCAUGUGAAAGUGUAGAUUAAUUGUUCGUUUUCUUUUUUUUUUUCUUUCGAAAUGAGUUAGACGACGCUAAUAUUUCGUUUAUUUUAUUUGACUUCAUAUAAUAGAAAAUAACCAAUAAAAUUAUUCCUGAUUA